UUUAAAAUUCUAUAAGAAUACAAGAAUCUGGUUAAACCUUGAAAUCAUGUAAAAACAAAAAAAUCUGUAGAAGUAAGCUGAACUGAUCUCUCAUCGGAUCUCUCCUCCGCCUCUCACGGCGGAGCAUCCUCUCAACCCGCCGCAGAAGCUUCUCACCGACGAGGUAAAGUUAACGAUGGCUGAAGCUUUUGGUGGUGAAAUUUGCGGCAUGUUUGUUGUUUCAGGAGGCUGAAGCAUGUGAGGAGUAACUAAGGUAAGACACUGCUCAUAUAUAUUGCUCUGUUGGAGGUAAUAUACAUUAAAUUCUUUUUCUUUCUAUUAUUACAAGAACUGGUUUAAUACUAUGUUAUCAAACUCGGCCGAUCCGGCCGUUAUCUUGGCACGAAACAACAAAACCAAGAAAACCAUGUCAGGUUGUGCUGUUUCAUCACAAAUGGGUGAUUCGGCUGGAACGACCGCGGUAAUGGGAUUAGAUUCGGAACGACGCCACUCUAAUGUGGCAGCUCCGGCAGUCUCAGCUGUAAAUGAUAUUACCUUUAAGUUUUUAAGGAUAGCAAGGUUAUUUUAGUGAAUUUUAUUUGCAUUUGGAAGUAUGCUUGGCUUAAGACUUAUGGUUUUUAUUUCUUAAUAUGAACACUCAUGAAUUUUGAUUAAUUUAUUUUAGCUUCUUCUUGUUGUCAGGUGACAUCUCCGAUGUAGCGGUUCUGUUGAGCGGCAUCCUGUUCCGAGUUUCCAGUUUUUUUGUAAGAAUCUUUGGAGUUUCGAAUUUUGUAGAGUUGGCUAUGAUUGUUCGUGCACAAGUCUCUUCUCAAGUGCCAGCAUCUGAGUUUCGGAUUUUGUAGAGUUGGCUAUGAUUGUUCAUGCAAAAGACUCUUCUCAAGUGCCUGCUUCCGAGUUUGGCGUUUGCUCGAGAGAAAAAGAACACUCUGCGUCUAGCAUUCGAGUUUGCUCCUUUUCGUUUUCCUUACAUGUAUCCUGAUUUGGAUACCUGUUUACAUGACGAGAUGGCAGCUGCAACCUUCAAAGGACCUCCUAGCGAAUGUUCCAGGAAUAAGAAAAUGGAAAGAAGGCCUUCAGGUAGAAGACGUGUCUUUGUUCAGACAGAAACCGGUUGUGUUCUUGGCAUGGAAUUAGAAAGGAGUGACAAUGCGCACACUGUGAAGAGGAAGUUACAGGUAGCAUUCAAUGUCCCGACUGAGGAAAGUUCACUUAUAUGUGGCGACACAGUCUUGAAAAAUGAUCUGAGUGUAGUUAGAAAUGAUUCUCCACUUCUUCUCACCAGGAACUUUUUACAUAGAAGUUCAUCUACCCCGUGCCUUUCACCGACCGGUAGGGAUCUUCAACAUAGGGAUCAGAGUGGACCGAUUGAGAUUAUAGGCCGCUCGGAUAUGUUAUCUGGAACUAAACAAUUGGUUAAGGAUAUUAUGAUGGCAAUAAAAGGUGGCGUCGAACCAAUUCCUAUUCAGAGUGGAUUAGGAGGUGCGUAUUAUUUUAGAAACAUUUAUGGUGAAAACGUCGCAAUUGUGAAACCAACUGAUGAGGAACCUUAUGCACCAAAUGUAACACCCCAAUUCUACCCAAAGCAUUUAGGCAAGAAAAUAUCAGAGUAUUUAAAAUUUCAUACAACACAAUUAGGAUGUUACACUAAGUAACCAAACAAACACCUUGAAAACAAACGGACAUCACCGAUGUUAAAAACAUACACACCUGCCAAUAACAUGAUACAUAACACACGGAAGAUAUGAACAUAUAUAUAUAUAUACGCAUAGCUCUCACUCUCAAAGAGGAGUUUUCCAAAAUAAAGUGUUUACAAUAUACAAUGGCACGUUAUCACAUAUACAUGUUCAAAAGAGUCAUAUACAAAUAAAUAACAACAGACUCCCGACUACCCAGUGUUACAUAUCAGAGCGACCGACAAGACCAACUGGAGAACUACCUCUUCCAAAAGACUUCCAAAGCGGCUAAUCUGCAGGAUGCCACUCAAGCAUCAAAUCAGCAGAAGGGUGAGAAUAUAAUUCAUAAUGAAAGCAUGACAAUUAUAGUAAUGCCAACAAGUAUCAUCAAGAAUCAUACAACAAAGUAAUCCACUCAUUUAACCACAAUUAAUAUAUAAGUAAUGUGACACAUGAAUGAUAACAUAAUUAUAAAGACAGACAAUGAUGAAUGA